AUGAGUGCAGGAAACAAUAUCAAAGUGGUGUGUCGUUUUCGACCGCAGAAUUCCCGUGAAAUUAAAGAAGGUGGUGUUCCCAUUAUUGAAUAUGAUGAUAAUGGCGACACCUGUCAUAUGGAGGGAAAAGAAUUUCAAGGAAACUUUACAUUCGAUCGAAUAUUCCCACCAGAAACUGCUCAAAAAUCUGUGUUCGAUGAAUCGAUAAAACCGAUCGUCGAUGAGGUCCUCGCGGGUUAUAACGGUACCGUGUUUGCUUACGGUCAAACUGGUUCCGGAAAGACGCACACCAUGAUGGGUAAUAUGGAUGACGAUGAAUUCAAAGGACUCAUUCCUCGAAUUGUGGAACAAAUUUUUUAUAGUAUAAUCACUUCCCCAUCCACAAUCGAGUACACUGUAAAGGUUUCAUAUAUGGAAAUUUAUAUGGAAAAAAUUCGUGACUUGCUUAAUCCCCAAAAUGACAAUCUACCCAUUCACGAAGAAAAGAAUCGAGGAGUAUACGUCAAGGGUCUUUUGGAAGUUUACGUAAGUUCUGUACAGGAAGUAUACGAAGUUAUGAAGCGUGGUGGCAGUGCCCGUAUUGUAGCAUACACAAACAUGAAUGCCGAAAGUUCGCGGUCACAUUCAAUCUUUGUCAUUACCGUCAGCCAAAAGAAUCUCUCAGACGGUAGCAUAAAAAGUGGUAAACUGUCUCUUGUCGAUUUAGCUGGCUCCGAAAAGGUUGGCAAAACUGGAGCUUCCGGUCAAACGUUGGAGGAGGCCAAAAAGAUUAACAAAUCCCUGUCAGCGUUGGGAAUGGUUAUUAACAAUUUGACUGACGGAAAA